CUUUUGUUGGUCUCCGUUAGUUACUUGACGGAGCGCCGCGGAGGUUUCGCAGCCAUCUCUCCCCCGUCGGUCCUGCUUGUUACCCAGUUAGAAAAAGAAGAGCCACGCUUUGGGAGAACACCUCGCUCCAAACACUUCCCAUCUUUGUCUCCUCGGCUGGCGUCGUUGCCAGCUGAAUCUCCUCGGGAUGGACCCAGCGAGCCGAUACCAAGUGCUGCACAAUGAGGAGGACUCCUCAGAGGCGUCGACCAGCGAUCAGCAGCCGUGCACCUCCGCGGCGGCCCAGGCUGGGACGUCGAGCCAGAGCCAGGCCCAGAGCCAGGCCCAGGCCGGUCCGGCUCCUGCCCCGUCAGCAGAAGAGCCGUGCGGAUCAACGACUCAAGGGGACACUGAUGCACCUCCACCUCCUUACGCCUUCAUCGACCUAGGAGCAACCGCUGCCUCGCCUGAGAGUGGCUUCCAAGCCGACUUCCCAGUGCCUCCGCCCUACAGCGUCGCGACCUCGCUGCCCACGUAUGACGAAGCAGAGAAGGCCAAAGCAGCCGCCUUGGCUACCUCCACUGUGGACGUGAUGCCUCGGGAUGAUGAAUUCCCUCCCCGAGAUGAUUUCAGUGAUGCCGAUCAGCUGCGAGUUGGGAACGAUGGAAUCUUCAUGUUGGCCUUUUUCAUGGCUUUCCUGUUCAACUGGAUCGGGUUCUGCUUGUCCUUCUGUCUGACCAAUACCAUCGCAGGACGCUACGGGGCCAUCUGCGGCUUUGGCCUUUCUCUCAUCAAGUGGAUUCUCAUAGUCAGGUUCUCUGAUUACUUUACCGGCUACUUUAACGGUCAAUACUGGCUCUGGUGGAUCUUCCUGUUGCUCGGUCUGCUGCUGUUCUUCAGGGGAUUUGUGAACUACCUUAAAGUCCGCAACAUGUCAGAGAACAUGGCCACCUCUCACAGAACACGCCUCUUUUUCCUCUACUAAACAAAAAAAAAAACAGGUUUCCUUAUCAUCAUCACCAUUCCUUUCCAAUGUGAAGUUCCUUCCCCUACCCCUCGAAUGACCUGACCGAGGAGCCUCGCAGCGAAGAGAGGAAGACGGGGAAGGAAUGAAGGCGAGAAGUAGGGACAAAAUGUUCACCAGUCUCAUUAAAAAAAGACUCACUCUGAAACCCCUCCGCUUCCUCUGAGCUGAGCCCCCAAAACCCCAGUCUUUGAUGAUUCGAUUUUCAGCCCUGGCUUUUUUAUUUUUAAUUUUCUUUCACGCCGAACUCUCUUCACUGCCUGCUCCAAGAUCCCCGGAGAAGAAAGAAAAAAAAAAAAGUCUCUCAACAGUCCCUGAGAAAAACAUUACCUUAGUUAAAAGAGGCCAACCCCUUACUUCUAAGAGACAAAGACACUUUAAACGAAAGCACAAUGGAAAUCUUUGAACCAGAAAAAAAAUGUAUUUUAAUGUAACAAAGUGUAGCUCAUUUGCUAUAAAACUGCGUUCCCUGUGGAACCAUCUCAUGACUGCAGGUCAAAUAUAAAGAAAAAGUAAAUGUAGGAAGUGGUUGCCUUUCCAUCUAGUCUUACCUUAACGACCAGCCAACCCUGACAAGGUCGACCGUGCGUGUGACCUACAUCUCAGCGAUUUCGCCCGAGAAUUCCUCGCCAAACAGCAAGCUGAUGGAUUUUGCCUAAAGGGUACCUAUAUGUGGGUUUACAUAUCACAGACCCUGACACAUGUCGUGUUUGUAAACCAAACACAACAUUUACAGUGUCAUCUCUUAAAUCCAAACUUUUAGUUUUUUAAGGUCAAAUGAGCCGCGACAACACUGGACUUCAGAUGAACUUCCCCCAGUUUGUCUGAGCCUUUGAACAAGUGUUUUGGAUAGACGUCAGAAAAGCUCUGCUUGCCCUAAAAAGAGAGAGAGGAAAACAAAGUCGAUAAAAGUCAGUCACAGUAGGUCACUGAAAAAAAAAAAAAAUUCCUUGAAAAUGUGCUCGAUAAAGCUUUUCUCGCUUAUAAGAAUUUUGAUGUUCCAACCUAUGCAGAUGAUGUCUUUACCUAUCAUGAGACUUUACUAAAGGGGCGUGAUUUAACAUAUCGCUGCAAUAAGGAUCAAAUUAAAAAAAUGCUUUAAAAACAAGUCAGUAGUCAUUUCAUCUAACCCGCUCAUCCCUUGCCUUUUCUUUACUCCGCUUUCCUAGGUAGGUUGUCUCACCUUUUUUUUAAGGCUUUGUCGUAUCACAACACAUCUCCGUUUUCACCUUUAAACAUGUCACGCUGCUGUCUGGUUUUUCCCGUCUCCCACAUAUAGUCGACAAAUCAACUGGCUAAACAGUUACUGUAACACUUCCCAGGGUGAGCAGUUAUCAGUGGAUGCUCCUUGGAUAAUCACAGUCUUUUUAUUUUUUUGAAGCCCAAGAUAUCCGUCAGUCUAUUCAGAGAUAAGUGGCCCAGAGCUCAGGACGGUUCGGGAGGUCGGCUUCUUAUGCACUUCCUGCUUCAGUGCUCUGGAAUUGGAAGCGUUUGACAUAACAGUGCAGUAGCUGUAACGAGCCGUGCUUACUGUAAGUGAUACUCUUUCGGAAUAGAAUCGUCGUAUGCAAUUUAUUUUGUAAAUGCUGCGGAUGCAAAGUCCCGUGCUAAAGGUGAAAUUGAAAACGGUAUCAGUUUUGGAGAAAAGUCGAAAACAAGCUGCAGAGAGAGAUCACAGAAAUCUUUACUGUGUUCACUUGCCAACAAAAAUCAUUUGAAUGAACAGGAAAUCAGAGAAAAAUGCAAUAAAAGCAACUAAAAUGUGACUGGUUGUGCAUGAUUUAGAUGAACCCAACUCAUGUAUCUCUCUCUGGGAUUUUCUGAUUUAGAUUAGAUUCAAAAUUUCCUCUUUUCUUUCUUUUUUUUUUCUUGGAGCCAGAAGCUUCUGGUUCCCGCAACAAAGCUUCUUCUGUGUGGAGAGGAGAUGUUUCUUAUUUUGAGGACGAUGGUCUAAAACAGCCAUGAAGCGAGGACACACUGUCCAGCAUGAACAGAGUGUUGAGUAGCUCGUGCAGCCCUGAGAAUGGCUUAAAUAUACUUACUUUUGAACCGUGCAAAUGCGUCGACCACCCGCUGCCUCGUGAAUGUAAAUGUUCACAUACUUUCCUGUGUGCAACGCUGUGUUACUGGAGGAUUCCUCUAGAGGGAGCACCACACUGAUCAGACGGUGUAAAACACAGAAGUAGAGGUGAUGUUUGCGGCACUGACACAUCAUAGUGCAGGGUUGUUGCUGACUCACCGCUUUCCACCGUUUUUGUCGCGGCUCUCUGGUGUCUCACAAUACAACUAUACUCUGCCCCUAGUGGUUAUAUAUGCAUAUUGCAUCUCGCAGCCGUUCACAUCCACCACAGGAUACGUCAUGCAUACGCCUAGUUAAAAGCAAGUAUACUCAGGGCUUAACUGGACAAAGAAAGACAUGCAUUUUUUUUUUUUUUUUUUUCAUUUUGUUGUUGUCAUCAGAUAAAAUGAAACGUGUAUAUAACAGCUCAUGCCAAUUUAUAAUAUUUGCACUUUGAAGAAUUUAUGUACAGUCUGAUUUGUGAAUCUGCUUAACUUGGUGCGAUGGGUUAGAGAAAAGUGUUAUCUUAGCCGUCCCGAGUUUUUGAACUGGAAUUCUUAAAUCUUCCCAAAUGGAUAAUUUGCCUUUUUGCACUUUUUUGCUUUACAAAUGGAUGAUAUUGUUGUCGUGUGUCAUUGUCAUCGCUUUGAGCCUAAACUGUGACAGCUAGAGUAUUCCCCAACUGAUUUUU